CCAUGGACGCCGCUAAACUUGAACAACUAAAGCUCUUUAUCAGCCACUGCCAGUCCGAUCCUCCCAUUCUCAGUGAUCCUUCUCUCUCCUUCUUCCGCGACUAUCUCGAAAGUCUUGGAGCUAAACUUCCGGCAUCUGCUUACAAGACUAAAUCGCAAUCGAAAUCAUAUGUUGUGGAAGAGAGUAAUGAAGAAGUUGAACAUCCUCAAGAAGAAGAAGAAGAGGAUGAGAUAGUAGAAUCUGACAUUGAAUUUGAAGGUGAAACUGUGGAACCGGAUAAUGAUCCUCCACAAAAGAUGGGAGAUUCUUUAGUGGAGGUCUCUGAAGAAAACCGUGAUGCUUCCCAAGAGGCAAAAGCAAAGGCAAUGGAAGCAAUUUCUGAUGGUAAGCUAGAGGAAGCAAUCGAGCAUCUCACGGAGGCAAUAUUGCUUAACCCUACUUCUGCUAAAGGCUACAAAUCACGUGGAAUUUGGGGCUGCAAGGAUUGCGGCAAAGUCAAAGCAAGGGAAGGGCUCCUUUUUAAAUAA